GUUUCAGACGUACAGCGGGAAGCAAGUUGAAUUUUCAACAUGAGAUUUAAGUACGUGAUUUUUAUUAAAUUUCUGCUACUUUUUGUAUCAGUGACAGCGCGAUCCCGUUCAAAUGAUAACGAUUAUGAAAUUGUGGACUUGAAUGAUCAGUGCGAUUCUUAUUGUUAUAAUGCGAUAAAACCUCUCCUUGAGAACGCAGUGAAAACCAACAACAAGAUUGAAAACUGUGACAAUGUGAUCUUAUCUAAAGAUGAACAAAUUGCGAAGCUAGAAGAGAAGUUGACAGAACUUAAAGUAAAUGUUUCCAUAUUCAAGGAUCUCGAAGCAUUGUAUAUUGAGAAAAUCAAGUACAAGGAUGAUCUAAUAACCGCGUUGGAGCAAAAGACUUCUCAAGAUGACAACAAUGAGGACCAGAUUACUUUGCUUAAAGCUCAAAUUGAUGAGAACACAGCGGCUGUAAAGGCAUUGAAAACCCAAUUGUCGAGUUUGAACGAUUCGAUUCUUCUUCAAAUUUACAAUGCCAAACAAACGAAUGCCGUGAAAAUUCAAGAGUUUCCAAUUAAUUGUGUUCCAUUUGAAAACUCGACGAGUAUUCAUGAGAUUAGUAUAGCCGGUAUUGGAAAAUUUGAGGUUCUUUGCGAUGGUCAAACGGCCGGAAACGGAUGGACAGUGGUUCAACGUCGUUUCGAUGGCAGUGAAAACUUUUACAGGAACUGGUCUGAAUAUCGCGAAGGUUUUGGUAAUCUGCAGGGAGAGUUCUUUAUGGGUCUGGAGAAACUGCAUCGCAUGACAACAUCUCGGCCUUAUGAGCUGUACAUUGAGUUGAUGGAUUUCCAAAGUGAGGUUCGUCAUGCCCGGUACGACACCUUUCGCAUUGGCAGCGAGCAGGAGAAAUAUAUGCUGAAAUCACUUGGAGCCUAUUCAGGCACUGCCGGCAAUGCUCUUAGCUACAAUCUCUACGACAAAUUCACAACCUUUGACCGGGAUAACGAUGGUUGGGGGACAGGCAAUUGUGCCGAAUAUUAUGCAAGUGGCUGGUGGUACAACUUUUUCGGAAAUAGUAACCUCAAUGGCAAAUACUUUGAUAGAGAAGUUCAUAAUGAACAGAGCAUUUGGUGGUACAACUGGAAGGGAUAUCGAGCUCUAAAAACUGUAAAAAUGAUGAUUCGUCCACAAUAUUCAUCGAUUUAAGUUGAAUAUAUGUAUAAUAAAUUGAACAUUGAAUAUUUCUAA